AUGGGGAAGGCUGCAAAAUGGAUAUUGAAUCUUCUUCUUGGGAAGAAGGAAGAACAUCAGAAGAAUCAGAAGAAUCAGAAGAAGAAGAAGAUGGGUUCUUCUUCUUUUUCUGAUCACUCUGCAAAUUUGAAGCUAAAAUGGAGUUUUAGAAAGACAAAUCUUCUGUUAACUCAUAAGCUUUCUAAAUCUGUUGGCUCCAUUCAUACCAUUGAAGCUCUCAAGCAUGUAGCCAUGGCAGAUCAGAAGAAGCCACCAUCGAGUGCUCGAAACGCUGCUGCUACGACGAUCCAAUCCGUGUAUCGGUCUCAUUUGGCAAGGAAGGCAUUGCAUGCUUUAAGAGCACUGGUUAAGAUACAAGCACUUGUGAGAGGCUAUCUUGUGAGGAAACAAACAGCUGCUACCUUAAAGAGCCUGCAAGCUUUGAUGGCAAUCCAAGUUCGAGCUCGGGUGAGUCGGAUCCAGCUGCUUGAGGACGAGGAAGAGCUUCUCGAAAGGAGGCGACGUAAGCGUAUCGUUGACACCAAUCUCGAAGAAGUAUACAAAAGACUAAACAUGAAUCUCAAUGAAACUCGGAGAUCAUAUACGAGCAAGAGUGACCAUAUAAAUCGUUCUCAAAUCGAACAGAUAGUGAAUGAAUCAAAUGCUUGUUCUUGUAGACGAAACCUUUCGAUCCCGAGGCAGUAUCAGCACAAAGAUCACUCCGGCACCAGGGAACCGAACAUGUCCAAACCAACAGCUGAAACAACCUUAUUUUCCAUGGAUCAUCCAAGGCGUUCAGAUUUCGUGCCUAAUGACCAUCCAUUCUAUCCAAAUUAUAUGGCCAAGACAAAAACAUCACGGGCAAAAGUCCGAUCGCAGAGCGAACCGAAACAACGUCCGAGUUCAAGUGCACAUCAGCUAAAACCGAGACCAUCUUAGCCAUCUUAACUGUUGUAAAUUUACAU